AUGAUAGAUUCUGUGCAACAACUUCAACAGCAAGAUGCUUUUCCUGGGAAUAUCUCUUCUGGCUAUGACUUUAAUUUCGGUACAAUGCAAGAGCAACAACCAUUGCCAAUUCAUCAUAUCACAAGUACUCUUACUUCUCUUGGGUUUCAACAAAAAGAACAUCAUAAAGCCCAUCAUCAAACCUAUCAAUUUAUUGCCUCUAAACCUAGCAAAAUCUUUAUUGAAUAUCCACCUGUUUAUCUUGAGAAUCAAUCAAAUAAUAAUGAAGCCACCGCAUC